GCACACGCGCUGCGGCAGCUGACAGUUUCAGUAAACCACGGAGACGAACGGAUUACGGGCGACGCUGGCAAAAUUGAAACUAAAACCGCAACAGAAACCACAAAUAAUAAUAGUAAUAUUACCCAUAAUACGGCAAACACAAUUAUGAUAAUAGCCAGCAGUUAAGGCGAAAGGCAAACACACACAUCCAAACACCACAAACAAAAAUAGUACAUAAUAGCAAUACACAAAUAAUACAAAUUAUAAUAAUAAUAAUAAUAAUAAUAAACCGAAACAGCUCUGGGAACAAAACGCAGCGUUUGAUGAAAAUUUUUGGCAAACACGUCGCGUCGUCUUGGUUGUUGUUAACCACAUCCUGCUAACGCCAAAAGUCCGAAACUAAAAUUCCAACAAAUACCCAAUAAUAAUAUAGAUCAACAAACAAAAGAAACAAACAAAAAAAAAGCAAGCAAAAAUAACACAAAAAAAAAACAAACCAAAAAUAUAAAAAAAAACAAAUUCAUCUUCUACUUGUUCUACCGCUUCAACAUUAUUCGUCUUCGUCUCCGUAAUAAAUAUAUAUAUAAAAUAUACAUAUAUAUACAUGCAUAUGUGUGUGAGUGCGUCGCGUGUGUGUUGGUGCCUGUAAAUGUGUGAGCCACAACAACAACAACUACAGCAACCAGAGCCAGAGCAACAACCACAGCAGCAGCAACAACAGCAACAACAACAGUAGUUAACAACAGCAACAACUCUUAGCAGCAGCAACAACAACAAUACAAGCAAGCACCUCCACAACAAAGCUAAAACAACAACCACAAUAGCAACCACAACAACAACAUCAGCGGAAAGAGCGAGCAGCCAAGCACAACAUCGAUUGACAUCGAUUAACGCAUCGUGCUAAGCGGCGGGCGCUAAUCGAACAUGGCGCCUCGGAUAUAGUUGUAGCUUUAAUGUAGCAGGCGACAUCCAUGUGCCUCAUGCCUUGGAAAUCUAAGGCUCUCAUCGUUGGCCGCAUAGACAAUGACAGAAGAUUCCGACUCGAUAUCUGAGGAAGAACGCAGUUUGUUCCGUCCCUUUACCCGCGAAUCAUUGGUGCAAAUCGAACAACGCAUUGCCGCUGAACAUGAAAAGCAGAAGGAGCUGGAAAGAAAGAGAGCCGAGGGAGAGGUGCCGCAAUAUGGUCGCAAGAAAAAACAAAAAGAAAUCCGAUAUGAUGACGAGGACGAGGAUGAAGGUCCACAACCGGAUCCUACACUUGAACAGGGUGUGCCAAUACCUGUUCGAUUGCAGGGCAGCUUCCCGCCGGAAUUGGCCUCCACUCCUCUCGAGGAUAUCGAUCCCUACUACAGCAAUGUACUGACAUUCGUAGUUGUAAGCAAAGGAAAAGAUAUUUUUCGCUUUUCUGCAUCAAAAGCAAUGUGGCUGCUCGAUCCAUUCAAUCCGAUACGUCGUGUGGCCAUUUACAUUCUAGUGCAUCCAUUAUUUUCCCUAUUCAUCAUCACCACAAUUCUCGUCAACUGCAUCCUGAUGAUAAUGCCGACAACGCCCACGGUUGAGUCCACUGAGGUGAUAUUCACCGGAAUCUACACAUUUGAAUCAGCUGUUAAAGUGAUGGCACGAGGUUUCAUUUUAUGCCCGUUUACGUAUCUUAGAGAUGCAUGGAAUUGGCUGGACUUCGUAGUAAUAGCUUUAGCUUAUGUGACCAUGGGUAUAGAUUUAGGUAAUCUAGCAGCCCUGCGAACGUUUAGGGUGCUGCGAGCGCUUAAAACCGUAGCCAUUGUGCCAGGCUUGAAGACCAUCGUCGGCGCCGUCAUCGAAUCGGUGAAGAAUCUGCGCGAUGUGAUAAUCCUCACCAUGUUCUCCCUAUCGGUCUUCGCGCUGAUGGGCCUGCAGAUCUACAUGGGCGUGCUCACGCAGAAGUGCAUCAAGAAGUUCCCGCUGGACGGCUCCUGGGGCAAUCUGACCGACGAGAACUGGGACUAUCACAAUCGCAAUAGCUCCAAUUGGUACUCGGAGGACGAGGGCAUCUCAUUUCCGCUGUGCGGCAAUAUAUCCGGCGCGGGGCAAUGCGACGACGACUACGUGUGCCUGCAGGGGUUUGGGCCGAAUCCGAACUACGGAUACACCAGCUUCGAUUCGUUCGGUUGGGCCUUCCUGUCCGCCUUCCGGCUGAUGACACAGGACUUCUGGGAGGACCUGUACCAGCUGGUGUUGCGCGCCGCCGGACCAUGGCACAUGCUGUUCUUUAUAGUCAUCAUCUUCCUAGGUUCAUUCUAUCUUGUGAAUUUGAUUUUGGCCAUUGUUGCCAUGUCGUAUGACGAAUUGCAAAAGAAGGCCGAAGAAGAAGAGGCUGCCGAAGAGGAGGCGAUACGUGAAGCGGAGGAGGCUGCCGCCGCCAAAGCCGCCAAGCUGGAGGAGCGGGCCAAUGCGCAGGCUCAGGCAGCAGCGGAUGCGGCUGCCGCCGAAGAGGCUGCACUGCAUCCGGAGAUGGCCAAGAGUCCGACGUAUUCGUGCAUCAGCUAUGAGCUUUUCGUUGGCGGCGAGAAGGGCAACGAUGACAACAACAAGGAGAAGAUGUCCAUUCGCAGCGUCGAGGUGGAGUCGGAGUCGGUGAGCGUUAUACAAAGACAACCAGCACCUACCACAGCACACCAAGCUACCAAAGUUCGUAAAGUGAGCACGACAUCCUUAUCCUUACCUGGUUCACCGUUUAACAUACGCAGGGGAUCACGUAGUUCUCACAAGUACACGAUACGGAACGGACGUGGCCGCUUUGGUAUACCCGGUAGCGACCGCAAGCCGUUGGUAUUGUCAACAUAUCAGGACGCCCAACAGCACUUGCCCUAUGCCGACGACUCGAAUGCCGUCACCCCGAUGUCCGAGGAGAAUGGGGCUAUCAUAGUGCCCGUGUACUAUGGCAAUCUAGGCUCUCGGCACUCAUCGUAUACCUCGCAUCAGUCCCGAAUAUCGUAUACCUCACAUGGCGAUCUACUCGGCGGCAUGGCCGUCAUGGGCGUCAGCACAAUGACCAAGGAGAGCAAAUUGCGCAACCGCAACACACGCAAUCAAUCAGUGGGCGCCACCAAUGGCGGCACCACCUGCCUGGACACCAACCACAAGCUUGAGCAUCGCGACUACGAAAUCGGUCUGGAGUGCACGGACGAAGCUGGCAAGAUUAAACAUCAUGACAAUCCUUUUAUCGAGCCCGUCCAGACACAAACGGUGGUCGACAUGAAAGAUGUGAUGGUCCUGAAUGACAUCAUCGAACAGGCCGCUGGUCGGCACAGUCGGGCAAGCGAUCGCGGUGUCUCCGUUUACUAUUUUCCAACAGAGGACGAUGACGAGGACGGGCCAACGUUCAAAGACAAGGCACUCGAAGUGAUCCUAAAAGGCAUCGAUGUGUUUUGUGUGUGGGACUGUUGCUGGGUUUGGUUGAAAUUUCAGGAGUGGGUCUCGCUCAUAGUCUUUGAUCCCUUCGUCGAGCUCUUCAUUACGCUAUGCAUUGUGGUCAACACAAUGUUCAUGGCGAUGGAUCACCACGAUAUGAAUAAGGAGAUGGAACGCGUGCUCAAAAGUGGCAACUAUUUCUUCACGGCCACCUUUGCCAUUGAGGCCACCAUGAAGCUAAUGGCCAUGAGCCCCAAAUACUAUUUCCAGGAGGGCUGGAACAUCUUCGAUUUCAUCAUCGUGGCGCUAUCCCUAUUGGAGCUGGGUCUCGAGGGUGUCCAAGGCCUGUCCGUCUUGCGUUCGUUUCGAUUGCUGCGUGUUUUCAAGCUGGCCAAGUCCUGGCCGACGCUGAAUUUGCUCAUAUCGAUUAUGGGCCGCACUGUCGGCGCCCUGGGCAAUCUGACCUUCGUCCUGUGCAUUAUAAUCUUCAUAUUUGCGGUCAUGGGCAUGCAGCUGUUUGGCAAGAACUACACAGAUCACAAGGACCGCUUCCCGGAUGGCGAUCUGCCGCGCUGGAACUUCACCGACUUUAUGCACAGCUUCAUGAUCGUGUUCCGGGUGCUCUGUGGAGAAUGGAUCGAGUCCAUGUGGGACUGCAUGUACGUGGGCGAUGUCUCGUGCAUUCCCUUCUUCUUGGCCACCGUUGUCAUCGGCAAUCUUGUGGUACUUAACCUUUUCUUAGCCUUGCUUUUGUCCAAUUUUGGCUCAUCUAGCUUAUCAGCGCCGACUGCCGAUAACGAUACGAAUAAAAUAGCCGAGGCCUUUAAUCGAAUUGGCCGAUUUAAAAGUUGGGUUAAGCGUAAUGUUGCUGAUUGUUUCAAGUUAAUACGUAACAAAUUGACAAAUCAAAUAAGUGAUCAACCAUCAGGUGAGAGGACCAACCAGAUCAGUUGGAUUUGGAGCGAAGAGCAUGGUGACAACGAACUGGAGCUGGGGCACGACGAGAUCCUCGCCGAUGGCCUGAUCAAGAAGGGAAUCAAGGAGCAGACGCAACUGGAGGUGGCCAUCGGGGAUGGCAUGGAGUUCACGAUACACGGCGACAUGAAGAACAACAAGCCGAAGAAAUCCAAAUAUCUAAAUAACGCAACGAUGAUUGGCAACUCAAUUAACCACCAAGACAAUAGACUGGAACACGAGCUAAACCAUAGAGGUUUGUCCUUACAGGACGACGACACUGCCAGCAUUAACUCAUAUGGUAGCCAUAAGAAUCGACCAUUCAAGGACGAGAGCCACAAGGGCAGCGCCGAGACGAUGGAGGGCGAGGAGAAGCGCGACGCCAGCAAGGAGGAUUUAGGUCUCGACGAGGAACUGGACGAGGAGGGCGAAUGCGAGGAGGGCCCGCUCGACGGUGAUAUCAUUAUUCAUGCACACGACGAGGAUAUACUCGAUGAAUAUCCAGCUGAUUGCUGCCCCGAUUCGUACUAUAAGAAAUUUCCGAUCUUAGCCGGUGACGAUGACUCGCCGUUCUGGCAAGGAUGGGGCAAUUUACGACUGAAAACUUUUCAAUUAAUUGAAAAUAAAUAUUUUGAAACAGCUGUUAUCACUAUGAUUUUAAUGAGUAGCUUAGCUUUGGCAUUAGAAGAUGUACAUCUGCCACAAAGACCCAUACUGCAGGAUAUUUUAUACUAUAUGGACAGAAUAUUUACGGUUAUAUUCUUCUUGGAAAUGUUAAUCAAGUGGUUGGCGCUCGGCUUCAAAGUGUACUUCACCAACGCGUGGUGUUGGCUCGAUUUUGUGAUUGUCAUGGUAUCGCUUAUCAACUUCGUUGCUUCACUUGUUGGAGCUGGUGGUAUUCAAGCCUUCAAGACUAUGCGAACGUUAAGAGCACUGAGACCACUACGUGCCAUGUCCCGUAUGCAGGGCAUGAGGGUCGUCGUUAAUGCGCUGGUACAAGCUAUACCGUCCAUCUUCAAUGUGCUAUUGGUGUGUCUAAUAUUUUGGCUAAUUUUUGCCAUAAUGGGUGUACAGCUUUUUGCUGGAAAAUAUUUUAAGUGCGAGGACAUGAACGGCACGAAGCUCAGCCACGAGAUCAUACCAAAUCGCAAUGCCUGCGAGAGCGAGAACUACACGUGGGUGAAUUCAGCAAUGAAUUUCGAUCAUGUAGGUAACGCGUAUCUGUGCCUUUUCCAAGUGGCCACCUUCAAAGGCUGGAUACAAAUCAUGAACGAUGCUAUCGAUUCACGAGAGGUGGACAAGCAACCAAUUCGUGAAACGAACAUCUACAUGUAUUUAUAUUUCGUAUUCUUCAUCAUAUUUGGAUCAUUUUUCACACUCAAUCUGUUCAUUGGUGUUAUCAUUGAUAAUUUUAAUGAGCAAAAGAAAAAAGCAGGUGGAUCAUUAGAAAUGUUCAUGACAGAAGAUCAGAAAAAGUACUAUAAUGCUAUGAAAAAGAUGGGCUCUAAAAAACCAUUAAAAGCCAUUCCAAGACCAAGGUGGCGACCACAAGCAAUAGUCUUUGAAAUAGUAACCGAUAAGAAAUUCGAUAUAAUCAUUAUGUUAUUCAUUGGUCUGAACAUGUUCACCAUGACCCUCGAUCGUUACGAUGCGUCGGACACGUACAACGCGGUCCUAGACUAUCUCAAUGCGAUAUUCGUAGUUAUUUUCAGUUCCGAAUGUCUAUUAAAAAUAUUCGCUUUACGAUAUCACUAUUUUAUUGAGCCAUGGAAUUUAUUUGAUGUAGUAGUUGUCAUUUUAUCCAUCUUAGGUCUCGUACUUAGCGAUAUUAUCGAGAAGUACUUCGUGUCGCCGACCCUGCUCCGAGUGGUGCGUGUGGCGAAGGUGGGUCGAGUCCUUCGACUGGUGAAGGGCGCCAAGGGCAUCAGGACACUGCUAUUCGCGUUGGCCAUGUCGCUACCAGCCCUCUUCAACAUCUGCCUGCUGCUGUUCCUGGUCAUGUUCAUCUUCGCCAUCUUCGGCAUGUCGUUCUUCAUGCACGUGAAGGAGAAGAGCGGCAUCAACGACGUCUACAACUUCAAGACCUUUGGGCAGAGCAUGAUCCUGCUCUUUCAGAUGUCGACGUCAGCCGGUUGGGAUGGUGUACUGGACGCCAUAAUCAAUGAGGAAGCAUGCGAUCCACCCGACAACGACAAAGGCUAUCCGGGCAAUUGUGGUUCAGCGACCGUUGGAAUAACGUUUCUCCUCUCAUACCUAGUUAUAAGCUUUUUGAUAGUUAUUAAUAUGUACAUUGCUGUCAUUCUCGAGAACUAUAGUCAGGCCACCGAGGACGUGCAAGAGGGUCUAACCGACGACGACUACGACAUGUACUAUGAGAUCUGGCAGCAGUUUGAUCCGGAGGGCACCCAGUACAUACGCUACGACCAGCUGUCCGAGUUCCUGGACGUGCUGGAGCCUCCGCUGCAGAUCCAUAAGCCGAACAAGUACAAGAUCAUAUCGAUGGACAUACCCAUCUGUCGCGGCGACCUCAUGUACUGCGUCGACAUUCUCGACGCCCUCACGAAAGACUUCUUUGCGCGCAAGGGCAAUCCGAUAGAGGAGACGGGCGAGAUCGGUGAGAUAGCGGCCCGUCCGGAUACGGAGGGCUACGAGCCGGUCUCAUCGACGCUGUGGCGCCAGCGGGAGGAGUACUGUGCCCGGCUUAUUCAGCACGCCUGGCGGAAGCACAAGGCGCGCGGAGCGGGUGGUGGGUCCUUCGAGCCGGAUACGGAUCACGAUGGUGAUGCCGAUGGCGAUGGCGGCGGUGGCGAUCCGGAUGCCGUGGACCCAGCGCCCGAUGAGCAGGCGGAUGGAGCCGAGGGCACCGCCGGUGGAGGAUUAGAUGGUAGUGUUAAUGGUACUGGAAAUGGAACUGGAACUGGAGAAGGAGCUGCCGAUGCCGACGAGAGCAAUGUAAAUAGUCCGGGUGAGGAUGCAGCGGCAGCAGCAGCAGCAGCGGCGGCGGCGGCGGCCACGACGGCGGGAAGUCCCGGGGCGGGCAGCGCCGGACGACAGACCGCCGUUCUCGUGGAGAGCGACGGGUUCGUGACGAAGAACGGCCACAAGGUGGUCAUCCACUCGCGAUCGCCGAGCAUCACGUCGCGCACGGCGGAUGUCUGAGCCAGGCCUCGCCCCCCCCUCCAAGAUGCACGCGAGUAUUAGCAUGAGUACGUGUUGGAUGUUGCAUGUUGCAUCGGCGAUGUGCAGCAACAGUGAGCUAACAACAACAGCAAACCAGGCGAACAACAAGCAUAAUUUUCUGCUAUAUAAUGAAAGUACACCAUACAAACAAAACAACAAUAACAACCAAAAUCAACAACAUCAAGAGAACAACAACUACAACAGUAACAGUAACAACAACCGAUGAUAUAACGAAGAAGAACAACAACACCAGUGUAAUGUCUCUUUGAGUUACAUAUUUGUAUACCCGCAUUAUUCAGUUAACGAGUCAGCAACCAACAACAAUCAUACUUAAGCUAAAUCGAAAUGUCUAAAUAAUUUGUAAGCAGCUCGUAGUCCAAUCCAUUUAGGCGGUUUUCCAAACAACUAUUUGCCUAAGCAGGUGGAAGAAGAAGGAGUUAAACACAUCAAUGUACACAAACACAUUACACACAAAAAACAUAUACACACACACUAACAUGUCCAUAAACAAUUAUUAACCCCCCAAAGAAAAAAAAACAACAAACCGAUAACAAAGUUAAAGAACGAUGAACAAGCUCUAAAAAUUGUAUUUGCCAGUAGUGGGACAACAAACAACACGCUUGAUUUAAUUAACUACCUACCAAACUACCAAACCUAAAAAGCGAAUAAUAACACAAGAAAACGACGAGCAUAUAACGGUAAAGGUAUGGUAAGCAAAAAAAAAAAACAAAAACAAAAUCCCCCAAAAGCAACAUUCUAAAAUAAACAAGAUGAAACUUUUUAACUUAUUCUAAAAGAGACGAGAACACCAAUUUGCAUAGUUUGUAUUGUACAUUUAUCCAGCUAAAUAAUGAAAAACCAACGGAAGUAAAUCAAAAGCGGACCCAAAACCAGUAACUAAAGCAACACCAAUAAAAAAUACCGCCCGAACUGCCAUUGAAAGCAAUACGAACCAAAAAAGAAAAACCAAAAAGAGGGACAAACAAAAGCGAAAGCGAAUGCUAAAUGUCAAAGUAUAUUCACACAACAUCCAUACACCCACUCACACGUACACCCGCACACACAGAUGGAGGGAUAAAGGUCACCAAGAGAGUAAUAGGCAGACAGAGUUAUUUCACAUUCACAAAUGAUCGUACUACUUAUCGGGCAUUCCCAUUGCAGUUUCGAUUUAGGCGAUAACAUCCCAUUGGGCCAGCAAGAAAGUUUAAAGCAAACAUUUCACCCAUAGAGAUCGAAUUUUUGAGGUUAUGCCCUCAGCUUGAGGUUAUGUCCUCAUUUUGAGGUUAUGUUCUCACUUUGAGGUUAUGUCCCCGUUCACAUAAUCGAACCCACAAACACACACACAGUAAAACCGACACAAAGCGACAACAGUACCAAACAAAUCCUUGGAGUUGGGGCGCAUGGAGCCAAAGGAAGUGAGACGAAGUCAAGUGAAACCUUAACAAAAGACCUUAACAAUUCAACUUAGAAUUCGAUCAGUCAAACAAUCGAUCAACAAAAACAAUUAACGAAGAACGUAGAACGAAGAACGAUGAGAACGCGGUAGAAGUGUCUAGAAGAAUCGAACAAUACCAAGAAUGUAAAGUGAAAGAGAACAAGUACCGAAAUAAAGUUCAAAGCGAGUGCUAAAGACGAAAACAAAAAACGGUAAUUAGCAGAAGAAGCGUUUGUGCCUAGCACAAUGUAAAACUAAAGCAAAUAGUGAAACGAAAACGAGUGAACAAUUUGAACAAGUUUUUGUUUUCAAAGUGCUAUAUUUUCACAUACUUCUUUUUUAUCUUAACCUACAAGUAGAAUCGAGCAAAGAUCGAGAUUAACGCUAAAUUACACAGUGAGCAAGAAGAGUUAAUACGAAACGAAUAUAUAUUACAAGUAAUUAUAACAUAACUAAUUUAACUAAAAUACGAUAUUGAUACUGAAUUGAAUUCAAACAAAGUUUUAGCCCGACCGCUUGAAAGCGUAGCAUACUUUUCAGCGGCAGCCGCCUUCGCAUUCGCUUUCCUUUUCGUAUCCGCCGCAGCCGCGUUAUAACGAUGGACAAGGAGAUAUGAGAAAACCGAAAAAUCGAUAACCGAUAACCAAUCCAAAAGGAAGAAAAAACAAACAAAAAACGAUAAAGUAUUCCGCUCAGUUGCGCCCAAUUUCGCCAAGCUAAGCUUUGUUUGAAUCAGCUUUACUGCAUAUCAUUUCUUUGGUUUCUCUGUCGUUUCAUUUACUAGCAAUGCCUUUUUCAACGCUGUUCAGUUAUGUAUCGACAAGCAAAACGAUUACCGAUAACCGAUUACGAUAACGUUCAAUGAAACUCCAUUGAACAGCCCCCGCUACACCGAAAGUUGUGGAGCAUUUAGACCUGAGUGUCGCAGGAAAACAAAUAAUAUGUGAGGUUCCAUUGCGCACACACACACACAGUACAGUACACUCUCGCAACAUUCACCCACCCACUCACCCAACAAACAUAUAAAUAGAAAACUCAGACACAUGUAAAUGCUUUGCUUUUGCUUCGAAAUUGCUGCAAUCGUAGGAGGUGAAUGAAAAACGAAUACUUUGGGAUCAAUGCGCUUUUUGGUUUUGACAAUAAAAAAGAUUACCAAUUCACCCACUGACACUCACGUCCACGAGAAAAACAUAUGUACACAGAGACAGACAUGGACAUUGAAAGGACCUUCUUUCAGUGGCGAUCCUCUUCUCGCUGACUUGCUCUCACUCGAUCUCCAAACUGUUAUACGAAACAUGCUUUCACACACUGCCUGACUUCUAACUAUCUGUUAAAUCAAAUACAAAUGCGGAACUUGUUCUAAGCACAUCCACAUCUACCCACAUAAAGAUUAACAGCAUCGUACCAAGUUUAUCAACAUUGGGAGUUUACAAAUCUCCCUCGGUCAACCAAUGUUGUGUUUUUAUUUUGACUGCAAACAAUUUUGAUUGGCCAGACUCUUUCAUUUAGUUUCCCAAUAUGUUGUUAUUAGUAGAUCACCCUUUUUUACACAGUUGUUUUAUUGCAAAUGGCCAGAGUGUUUACAUAAACUUUCUGUGUUGUAUAACUGUUGUAUAACAGUUUUAUAACAGUUGUAUAACAGUAAUAAUUCUGUUGUACAGCUGUUAAAACAACUAUAACACAUUUGUACGACGGCUGUAGGCCACAGUAUACGAGUAUAACAUGUAUAACAGUUUGCUUAAAAUGCAAAACUCAGCUUUCUUUACAGUAAAACCCAUGUAUAACCGUUUUCUAAACGACAGCAAACACCCCAGUUACAUUGGCCACUUCGUAUCGAUCAACUCUCUCAAUUUGGUCGUACAACAAAUUUAAAAAAUUGAAUGUUAAAGCAAGCCACAAUAGUUUUCCAAUAUUAGACCGUUCCGAUUUCACCGUCUCAAGGCGUUUAAACACCAUUUAUCUUAGCCAACACAAAAAAGUAACGCAACCAACAAAAAUUGUAGAGUAAUUAACUUGUGUACAUUAUGGGGACCAGUUUAAGCGUUGCCUUAAAGUCCAAAAAUUAAGGUUUUUUAAUUUGCGCACGCGUUUACAAGAGCUUUUUCAGUGAUCAGAAACCCCAACUAUGUUUGACCCAUAUUGACCCUGUGACCCCCCCAACCCCUGAACCUCUUAGCCCCCUACUAACCACUAGACGCAACGCAAUCCGACUCGAACAGACUCCGCUUUGGUUCGCCUUAAAUUCAUCGUAUUACGUAUUUGAAUUAACCCCCACAUUGAUUUAACGCUUGCCAAUUGCCAAUUUUGUAACGACUUGAAUGUAGCUUCAUUAUUAUACAUUUUGUUGGCUGUUUGACAAAUAAUACGAGUACCCACUUUGAUAAAUAAUAGAACACAUGGAAAUAACGCAAAUAACGAUAAAUCGCUUUGUCGAGAAUAAUAAACGAAACAUGCUAUAAACUAAUAACAGAAAAUUAAGUUUGAAAAUUCCGUACAAAAUGCAUAAGUUUAACGAAAAAAAGCAUAUAAUAUCGAGAAAAUUAAACGAAUAAUAUAUCUACUUAUACUGAGUGCACUGUUAUAAACGAGGGGCGGGGCGAGAUUAAAUAAACAACAACAAAAACAAAUCAAACGAAAUUGAAAAUGAAAACAAAAAACCUAUAUUAUAAUGGUAUAUACUUCAAGAUAUUGUACUAUCUAUGUGUGAAUAACAUCAUCUGCAAACCAACAGCCACACAUGAAGCUUAUGCGACAAGCAAAAAAAAAAAAAAAAGAUCAGACAACUUACAAGAAGUCGAGGACGAGAUAUACUCUAUAAUAGACGUGUAAAUUUACAAUAAUACUAGAUGAGAAAGGGAUAUGAAUUUUAGCAAGCGGUAAACUCAAGCGAAACCGAAACGCAAAUCGAAAUCGAAAAGUUGAAAAAUAUAUAUGAGGACAUGAAGACGAAAAGGACGACGACGUCGUGGAUGGAUGGUAAUGAUAUUGAUAAGGAAAUCUAUUUCAUAUUUUUAGCAUACGUGUAAACAUAUUUUUUGUGCCGAGGUUACGUUCGAAGCAACACGCGCAUCAUUGCCAUUAGACAAAAUAAAAUUAAUUAUAUAUACAAUAUGCCUAAAAAUAAUACGGGAAAUCCAAAAAAAAAAAAAAACUACAACUAAUAAUUAUAAAACAACCAAAAACAAAACAAAACCAACAACUGCAUAUUUUGUGCUGCUGAAGAAAGUCACAACGCAACAAAAAACAUGAUAACAAUAAAACGUAUAUAAAUUUCUAACAAUUUUAGAGCAAUAAAACCACACACACACACACACACACACAAACAAUCACACGAACACACACCCUCACCACAGAAGUUUGCCGAAUUUUUGCACCGCCACUGUUGCAAAAUGGCCGUGCGAAAGAGAGCGAGAUGGGGCUCAAAAUCACUCCGCACUGCUCUCGCACACGGCCGCACAGUGGCGUCGCAAAGUUUGCAACCGAAAACAGCCAGCAGCAUUCUCAAAUACCAAAAAAAAAAUACCAAAUGCAAAUGCAGAGAUGUUGCAGUUACAAAAACGAUAAAACAUUUUUUAGAUACACUUCAAAAAUCAAAGCGUGGAAAUUUCUAUAUUAGUUAAUAAUAAAAAUCCUUUUUUGUUAACUCACUAUAUUAAAUGGAAAACAAAGAUGGACAAAAACUUUAGCUUUAUACUCGUACAUUUGUAAUAUAUUACAUAAGUCUAGAUAAUUACAUAAAAACAAAGGAAAAUAGAAAAUAUAUUAUAAAUUAUAAUUAUACAAAAGCAAAACCGAAAAUUUUACAAAUAAAAAAAAAAUGCAAAAACUAAAAAAACAACAAAACCAAAUCAAACGAAGCAUAGCAAAAGGAAAUUCAAAGUAAAUUCAUAAAUAGCAAACAAAAAUCGAAAAAAAAGGAGAAAACCAAAAACGAACUGUAAAAAAAAAGAAAAAAAGAACAUUUAAAUGUAAAACAGCCAGUUAUUAUGCAUAGCUAAUAAAAUUCAAAUACAGAGCAGGAGCAGGAGGCGAUACCAAGAAAUAAGAACAAUUAUUGCAAUUAGAUAUUCUACAUAAAAAAUUCGAAAUCUUUAGUAAAGCAUAGGUUGCAUAUACAACCACAACCACACGAACACAUGAACACAAAGGCCCCCCCACAGACACACACAAACACAUACGCAUUCCCGUAUAAUCGAAUAUGAGUAAAAUGUUGUUUUCAACGAACCGAACAGGUCGUUAUCCUAACUUUGAGUGUUAUCAGUUGCCAGCCCAAUCACCCAACCACCCACCCAGCCACCCACUCACACACCCACCCACACACACACACACUAAGACAGACAGACACACAGACAGACCCCGGAAAAACGAAGCCAAGCAGCAGAGAUUAAGAUAAGAAAACCAGGCCUAACUAUACGAUACCAAAGUCAAACCAAUCCAAACUAAACCAAACCGAAACCGAAACAGAAACCGAAACCGAAACACAAGAACACACAAUUACGAAAGUUGCCAUCCAGCGAAAUAUUUGCAAUUUAUAUUGAGAGCAAGAGUUAAUAGCCGUUUAUAUAAAGCCCGUUGAACACGAAAACAAAACGAAAAAAAAUGAAAAACCAAAAACAGACUGAAGAAAAUGAGAAUUAUUUAACAAGAAAAUUUAUAUAUAUAAUGAUAGCCAAUAGAGACGAGUGCAUCCAAGCUAUAUGAACAGAAUCACAAAUUGCCAAGCUGCUUUUACAUGCAUCCAGAGCUGAGCCCCAUCCACUCACUCACACACACACACACACGGAGACAGGAUAUCCUGCCACGCCCACAAACAACCACCCACCCACAGACACAGACACUGACACAGACACAGAUACAGAUACAGACACAGACACACAUGAAAAGAUUGAGAUGUGAGGGAUAUAUGUAUUUAUAUUUAUACACCAGCAAGCUAGCGAAAAUGGAUACAUGAUACUAAUGGAGCAUAAUUUAAAUAUACAUAUUAAAGGAAGUCUUAACUAAAGCAACAGCAAAAACUGACAAAAACAAAUUAGCGAGAUUACAAGAAAAAAUAAGGACGUUUGCGAUGAGACACAGGCACCGUUAGCAUAUUUUUUUUAUACAAAUACAAUUUAAGCAAACGAAUACGAAAAUCAACAAAUUGAAGUAAUUUAUUAGUGAGAAACCGAAGCAACUGAUGAUGUCUUUGUAAAGACUUUAUAUAUGCCUGCCAUAUGCCUACAUCUGCCUAGCUGUCUGACUCUAACACAAACACACGAACACAACACUUUCUCCCUUUCCUUCUCUCUCUCUCUCUCGCUUGUGCAGACACGAACAGAAAGACAGACCCCUUGAGUAAAAUCCAUUCAUCAUUCCGAACAAGGACUUAGGUGCCCUCGAUGAGAAGCGCGGAGAGAGGCGCACUGGAGCAGAGACUGGUUGUAAACGAUGCAGCGGUUGCGCGUUUCAGCCCAAAAAGUGUUCGGGCUUCUUCUUGUCUUUGUAUGCGUUUUUUAGCUCACCCCCUCAUAUUUUUAGCCUGUUUAGGGAGCCCGUUGAACAGUGGGUUCCCCGACCCCAAUCCCCCAAUCCCCCGAUCCAGAGCCGUUGUCGAGCAACUCUAUUUGAUAGCAACUUCCCCGGCUACAAAUUCCAAGUGGUUCAGAUGGCUGUAGGACAACCGGAAACACAUACGCCCACACUGACACACACAGAUUCUCCCCCAAAAAGAUGAUAAAGAUAUAUACAUAUGAAUAUGUAUAGAUUAUAUAUGUGCGAUCAAGUAAAAGCAGCUAAAAAAUACCAAAAAACGAAAAUAAAAAUGCUAAAAAAUUAUGACACCCGCCACUUUUCUACUAAAAAGAAAUCGACUGUAUAUAUAUAUACAAAUAUAUAUAUAUGAAUAUAUAUAUAUGAUAAUAUGAGUAUAUUUAUGUAGCAGUAUAACAGUAUGUGUAGUAUAACACUUUGUCCAUUUGCUUGACAAACAGACUCACACACUCACAGAACAACAACAACAACAACACACACACACACAUACAGACAGGCACACGAUCUGCAUUUUGUUUUCUAGUUUUUUAAAGGGACAUUAACUUGUACUAGCGAUACUCUUAAUAAAUAAAUCUUGCAAAAUAAUAAGAAUAGGGACAUCGCUGUCAUACAUUGUAAUGUUUUCGCCGGCACAACCUUCGAUUUUCGAUUGAAGCCAGCCUCUUGUUAUCAAUUUUUUCGAUAGAAUACGUGUAUUUACCAACCACAGAUAAUCCAUUAAGUUUGCCCAAACACACAUAUUAAUAUAAAUAUACCUGGAUAUAUAUUUUUUUUAUAGCAACGUAUGGGAAAUCUAUAUGGGACAAAUGAAACACAACAGUUUUUGUAUGUAUUCAUUUUUAUUAAAAACCAAAACGGGAAAAAGGGAAAAUACAAACCGGAAACCAAUACAAAGAAACACUCGUAAAACACACUGACAGACAAAAAUUGUUUUUAUAAAGAUAUAUUAUCGAUUAAUAAAUUUAAAAUAAAGUAAAAAAAAACGAAAAGAAACAAACGCCUGAAUUAGUUUAUUACGCAAAAGAAAUGAAUUAUAAUUAGUUAAUUCAAAAUAAAAUAAAAAAAAAA